AUGUCUGCAAAGCAACAGACUGGCAAGCUACUGAAAUCUCCGGCCUGGAAAUUGUGUUCCCUCUACUACCAGCAGUUCCGAGCCAUGUUCAUAAAGAGGGCGCUGUUCAGCUGGCGCAACUGGAAGCUGAUGUUGCUACAGAUACUGGGACUUCUAGGUGUCGUGAUCUUUCUCUUAAAAGCUGAGAACUUUGUAACUGAGAAUGAUGAUAUUGCCAGACAAAUGAAUUUGAGAGAAUAUGGUCAAACGAUUGUGCCUUUAGCUAUUUCUGGAAAUUCUAGUUUAACUGUGAAUCUCUCAAAACACCUUGAGAAUAUGCUGAAGUCUGAAAAGCAAAUACUUCAGGAAGUGCGAGGUGACAUACAGAAUUACUUGAUGGGAAAUAAAGAUUGUAUUCAUUUAUGCAUUGUUGCACUUUCCAUUGAGGUGAAGACAAAUGAAACAGUACUGACUGUUCUUUUCAACAAUGAAGCGUACCAUUCACCAUCUGUAUCCCUGGCAGUGUUAGAUAACAUUCUCUUCAAGUCACUUUCUGGUCCUGAUGCUUCAAUAACAGUCUCCAACAAACCUCAGCCAUAUCAUGAUUAUAUUUCCAUGUUUAACAAACAUACAAGUGGAAUGCUUGUGAGUUUAUAUGUGCACUUUGGCAUGGGUCUUUUGAUCAGUGGUUUUUGUCUCCUGUCAGUGACUGAGAGAGUCACUAAGGCAAAGCACAUCCAGUUUGUGAGUGGGAUCUAUGUCCUCAUAUACUGGUUUUCUGCUCUAUUAUGGGAUUUCAUCACCUUAUUCAUUUCCUGCUGCUUAUUACUGGUGAUAUUCAAAUACUGCAAUGUGGAUGUAUUUGUCAUGGAUUACCACUUUCUGGACAUAAUGAUGAUCUUCGUGCUGUAUGGCUGGUCUACCAUUCCCCUCAUGUACCUGCUGAGCUUUCUGUUUUCUAAAAGUACUACUGCAUACAUCAAGCUCAUCCUAUUCAACUACUUAUCAGGCAUUUUCAGUCUCUAUGUAGACACCGCAGUACGAUACAUGGAAAUUGAAAGUAUAAAGUCAACUGUCACCAGAAACUCCAUACUUAAUUCAUUGCUACUACUUCCCAAUUACAACCUUCUAAAGUGCCUCAGUGGAUAUUUUGCUUUCUACAACAAGAAGAUAUCGUGCAACAACCAAAGAAACCAUCCUGACAGCUCACUUUGUAACACAGAAGAUAGUGUUUAUUCUUUGGAAGACGAUAUGAUUGGAAAGAAUUUGUUUGCAAUGGGUACUACAGGCUUUGCUUUUCUGCUUUUGAUUUUUUCUGGGGAUACUAGAUGGUGGUGGAAACUAAAAAAAAAUUUCAUUCAAUACGUAUACUUUGCCAUCUACAAGAAAUUCAAUAAGGAGCUAGUUUCCAAGGAAUUAUCUGGGAGAUCGGAAGAUGAAGAUGUAGAACAAGAAAGGAAGAGAAUUCUGGACCAGUCUGAUGACCUCUUGAUGGCUACAGUACUUAUUAAGGAACUCAUAAAGAUAUAUUUUAACUGUCCAGCUAUUCUGGCUGUGAAAAACAUCUCCCUUACAAUACAAAAAGGUGAGUGCUUUGGACUGCUUGGAUACAAUGGAGCAGGAAAAACCACUACCUUCCAGAUGUUGACUGGAGAAAAGAUUGCUACUUCUGGAGAUAUGUUCAUUGAAGGCUUUAGCAUCACCAAUAAUAUCCUAAAGGUGAGGUCAAGAAUUGGCUAUUGUCCUCAACAAGAUGCUUUGCUGGAGUACAUGACUGGCAGGGAAACACUGAUCAUGUAUGCCAGAAUAUGGGGAGUCUCUGAGCACCAGAUUCACCUGUAUGUGAACCACUGGCUGAGCUCACUACAUCUGGAGUCCCAUGCUGACAAGCUUAUCUACACCUACAGUGGAGGAAACAAACGUAGAGUGAGUACUGCUAUUGCCUUAAUGGGAAAGCCCUCAGUCGUCUUCCUGGAUGAGCCAUCAACAGGCAUGGACCCAAUAGCUCGGCGCCUGGUCUGGAAUCUAGUAACAAAGAUACGUGAAACUGGCAAAGCCAUCGUUAUAACCUCCCACAGUAUGGAGGAAUGUGAAGCCCUUUGUACCAGGUUGGCCAUUAUGGUGAAGGGGAAGUUUGUGUGCUUGGGCAGCCCUCAGCACCUGAAGAACAAGUUUGGCCAUUUUUACAUCCUGAAGGUCAAGGUCAAGCCUGACACAGAUAAGGAUGCACUAGAGGAUUUUAAAAGUUUCAUAUCCAUGACCUUCCCAGGAAGUGUCAUUAAGCAGGAGAAUCAAAGGAUUGUUAACUACUACAUUCCCAGCAAGGACAAUAGCUGGGCAAAGGUGUUUGGUAUUUUGGAGGAAGCAAAAGAGCAAUUCCAUUUAGAAGACUAUUCCAUUAGCCAGAUAACACUGGAACAAGUCUUCCUGGCCUUUGCUCACACAGAUAAAAUGGAAGAUGAAUCUGAAGAAAAUAUACCAUGA